AUACUAGUAGUAAUCUAGAUUUAGUACUCGUACGUACUUCAAUUCCCAGCAAACUCCAAGAUUUGCCUUCAACAACAAUCUGCACGGCUACCCCGUGUUACAUCACACCACCUCUCUUCCUCUCUUUCUCUCUCCUCCAUUUUUAUCUGAAUCAGUCCACAUUGGCAACUCCAAUCUCUCUCCUCUUUUCCAACAAUGGUGAAACUAUCUAUAAUUCUCUACAUUAUCAUCGGAAUCUCUCUCCUCCUCUUCCUCUCCCGUUCUCCAACCCGUGACGACUCGCACGGCCACCUUGACACCCACCGCAAUCACCGCCGCACCAACCAUCGUCGCCUGAAACUCCGGUCAAAUUUCACCUUCACAUCGCAAGACCACCUUGAACACCCUGACCCACACUUGGAGUUCCGCCACCAUCACCAUGACCCAGUUGCGUUCGAUCCGGUGGUUGCGGAGAUGGAGCGCCAGCGCGAGGACAAGGAGUGGGAGCGGAUGUACUUCGAGGAGCACCACCAGGAGAUCGCCGGACUUUCCCGGCACGGGGAGGAGAGAGAGAGUGAGCAUCAACACGGCCGUGUCGAAGAACAUCACGCUCCCGGGUAUGAGCAACAGCCGGAGUGGGAGGAUUUCAUGGAUGCUGAAGAGUAUUUGAAUGAUGAAGAGAGAUUUAAUGUGACUAGUAGAUUGUUGGUGUUGUUUCCAAAGAUUGAUGUGGACCCCAUUGAUGGGUUUGCCUCGGAAAAUGAGCUGACUGAGUGGAAUUUGCGGCAGGCUGAGACGGAGGUUUAUCAUAGGACUCAAAGGGAGAUGGAGUUACAUGAUAAGAAUCGUGAUGGGUUUGUUUCGUUUUCUGAGUAUGAGCCUCCUAGUUGGGUUAAAUCUGCAGAUAAUAGUACCUUUGGAUAUGAAAUGGGUUGGUGGAGAGAGGAUCACUUCAAUGCUUCUGACAUAAAUGGAGAUGGUCUUUUAAAUAUUACAGAGUUCAAGGACUUCUUGCAUCCUGCUGAUACGAAGAACCCAAAGUUACUUCAGUGGCUGUGCAAAGAGGAAAUACGGGAAAGGGACACAGAUAAAGAUGGAAAGGUCAACUUCAGCGAAUUUUUCCAUGGGCUUUUUGAUUUGGUGAGAAACUACGAAGAAGAUGGGCAUGGGCACAAUUCUACUCAUCAUUUAGAUGAUUCUACUGAAACUCCUGCUGCUAGGAAAUUGUUUAAUGAGCUUGACAAAGAUGGUGAUGGGUUAUUGUCAGACCCAGAGUUGUUACCUAUAAUUGAUAAGCUUCAUCCUUCAGAACGCUACUAUGCCAAACAACAGGCAGAUUACAUCAUAUCUCAGGCUGAUACAGAUAAAGACGGACGGCUUUCACUGGGAGAGAUGAUUGACAAUCCAUAUGUUUUCUAUAGUACUAUUUUCAGUGAUGAAGACGACUAUGACUACCAUGAUGAGCUUCGUUAAUUUUACAAUAGGAUGGAAUUUUUUUUUAUCAAGUAACAUUUGCAAGUUGUAGAGUUGGUAUAACAAAGAUUUAAAUGUGAUUAGGAGCUCAACUGUCCAAAUUUUAAGAUUAUGGCUCUCAUGCUGUUUUCGGAACUUCCUCGGAGUUAGAUGACAUCAAGAAUUUGACUUUGAAGCGAUGACAUUUAGUUUUUGCACCUAGUUUAGCUACAUACUGUUUUUCCUUGUAUGUUUACUAGUAAUCUGGUAUGUUAAUAGCAUACGAUAGCCUAUUAUAAAAGGGUCAUAUAGUUGAAAUACAUGAAUAGGGUUAGGUGGUUUUGGGGGGGGGGGGGGGGGGG